AAAUUCUCAUUUAUUGACUUUGUCCUUACUGACAGAACAUAAAUGAGUGUUCAUGCGAUCUUCAAAGAGACAGAGUACACUGUCUGUUCGACAACAGAAUUGCUCGCGGCUCUUAUCAUUAUUAUUUCUAGGAAAUUUAUCCGCCCGCAAAGCAUUCGUAAUCCUUUCCAUUUCCUUAACGAGCUUUAAAUCAGUCACAUUCUUCUGAAGAAUAAGAACACAACACAGGUCAUCGAGUCCAAAGUGUUAAGUACAAUGAAUUGAACGGAUUUUUUUGAUUAUUGUCCCCGAUCGAUCUGAAAAAAAAAUUAAUGAUAAUAGUGAUAAUAAUGGUGAUAAUUAUGAUGAUAAUAAUGAUGAUAAAAACAGCGUAAUAAAGUUUACGGUCGUUACUGGCUUUAGUCUCACCCUGGGGGGAGGGUACGAAUACACUUGGACUUUUAACCGUGCCAGUUUACAUUAUCAAUUCAGUUGAUAACUACAAACUGUCCUGUAAAACCCCUCACCGAUGCAGCACCACAGUUUCUUCAUAAACUUCCCCCUUCAAUCAAAAUUGUUUGCUAAGGGUAAAUAGAAACCAAAGAAGAAUGAAGAAGCUUAAAUAUGAUAAGGGCGGAGACUGACAAGGAUCACAAAUGCGAACCUUGUGACAAUCCUUGACGAAACUUCGAAGCGUGUCAAUUAUGUUUCGGUAGGCCGCGUGACUUCUUGCGUUACCUAUCGUGACUUUUCAAGCGGGCCGUAGUGUUGAAAUUACUCUCCGCUCGCCAUGGUUAGUGACUUCUUGCUGCUAAGCGUUUUGUUCUCAUUUCAAGGUACCCUUUUACUGAUUGCUCUUGUCCUAACUUUGUACAUCACUUGUUCCUUUUUUGGCGAUGUACGGGUCUCGCAUCUGGAGAAGAAAGCCGUGUUUAUCACUGGCUGCGACAGUGGAUUCGGCUAUGAGUUAGCCAAGAAGUUAGAUGCGGAGAGAUUACGAGUGUUCGCUGCUUGUCUCACUUCUGAAGGAGAGGCAAAGCUGAAAAAUGAAUGCUCUCCGGAGCUUAUCACACUAAAACUGGACGUUACCAAGCCAAGGGAUAUUCAAUACGCUUUACAAGCCGUCAAAUCACACCUGCCUUCUCAAGGUAUUUCAUCGAUCGAACUGGAUUGAAUCUUGUUCAUUCCUUCAAGGAUUAGCUAAGUUAACAUCGCUGAUGAAAUUUGGAUGAGACUUAAUUUAUGUAUUGUGUGUCUAUGUAAGGUGACUGUUUCCAUUGUAAAUAAUUGUUUACUUUUAACUGAUUCGAGGGUUUUGAAAAUCUUUCCAUGCUUACUCGUGAAAAACGGAAAAAAACACAGACACAAACCAAACAAACAAAAAUCGGUCUUUUGUUUUUAUAAACUGAAAUACUACAAGCAACUUUCAGAUGGGGAAUGAUGUUAAAAAACUUUUUAAAGAUUUUACUCCUUGUCAGAUCACUGGAGCACUUGAUCAUCUGAUGACUGUGGACAAGUGGUAAACAUUUAUCAGGAAAUUAGUAAAGGGGUGGGGUAGGUGGGGAGAUACUGGUAAUCCCUUAAGUGGGCUUUUUGGCAUUUUAGGUGUGUAUUGGUAUGGUUCCCCACCCCUCUCCCCUUAAUUGUCUGGAAUGUGAGGUAGAUUUUGCUGUCUGGACCUGAGGACAGGUUAGAUUUACCACAAACCAUGUAUAAAUUUUAUCUGUGAACAUUUUUUUUGGAUCCAGUGUAAAAUAGUGUGAGAAGAUGGACUAAUUUUCUUUAAAAGCUUGGGAAAGACUUAAAACCAUGCUACCCAGCCUCCCCUCCCAUAUUUACCUCUGGCUAAUGUGGAAUGGCACAUGUUAUCUCUUGAUUAUGGGUGAAAUAAGUUCAACUAAAAGCGUUAUUUUCAGAUUCCAUUUUUUCUUAUUUAAAACAUACUUCUGCAUUAUUCUAGGUUUGUGGGCUAUAGUAAACAAUGCAGGCAUUGGAUACCCAGGACCAAUUGAAUGGCAACCUGUGGAGGAAAUGAAGAAGACUUUGGAGGUGAACCUGUGGGGAAUGGUGAAUAUUACGAAAGCAUUUCUUCCAUUACUAAAGAGAACCAAGGGGCGUGUUGUUAAUGUUGCCAGUUCAUUAGGGAGACUCUCUGCUCCUUUUGCUGCAGCUUAUUGCAUCUCCAAGUUUGGAGUGGAGGCUUUUUCUGAUGCGCUACGCAAUGAAAUGAAGCAUUUUGGAGUCACUGUUCACAUAAUUGAGCCAGGGAUUUUUAAAACAGCCAUAACAGAUGCAGAGAAGAACAUCAAAUACCUGCAAAGAUUAUGGGAAAACCUUGAUGGAGAUACCAAAGAAUGUUAUGGAGGGGAGUUUUAUGAACAAGGUAUGGGAAAAGUUUAGCAAUCAUGUUAUUAUUAUUGAAUGCUCAGGGAAAAGCUUGACUGUGAUUGGUGAGGCCUUAUAGUGAUGUAGUAGCAUGUUUUGGCUCGCUUUGCUGUUUGCAAAAAAACUGUUUUGUUAUUCUAAUUGGUCAAUUUAGCAGGCUGUAUUUGACUGUACUGCCACCUAAACUCGGCCCUAAAACUGAGUGGAAAAGGCAAGAUCCAAAAUUUGCAGACCUCAAGCUCAGUUAGAAGUAUUUAACCCCUCACCAAUCUAAAAAAUUAUGCAGGACUCAGUAUAACUAAGUAAAAUGAAAUGAAGUGAAGAAUAUUAAAAUCUUCCAUUGUGGAAAAACCUUAAUUUUUCAACUAUUGGCUCCUUCUUUGGCAGUGAGUUGCUUCUCUUCCAGUAAUACAACUAAUGUGGUUUGAUCUUUUUAAAUUAUCAGCCAAAGCCAAGUUAAGAGACAUACGUCAUAUUUUUUCACUUAACAUUUUCAAAGUGGUUGAUGCCAUGGAUCAUGCAGUGACAUCCACACAUCCUAAACUAAGAUAUGUUCUUGGGCUGGACCACCAACUCAUUUGGAGAACUCUCUCAUUUCUACCAUCUGAAAUACAAGAUUUCUUCUUUGGACUGAUGUUGCCAAAACCAAAGGGAAAUGCUGGUCGUGGCACUUGA